AUGACGGCAGGUUGCCACGACAAGGCGGUGCUGCUCUAUGAAUAUGUGGGGAAGCGGAUCGUGGACUUGCAGCACACGGAAGUACCGGACGCCUAUCGAGGGAGAGGAAUAGCCAAGCACCUCGCGAAGGCGGCCCUGGACUUCGUGGUGGAGGAGGACCUGAAAGCUCACCUGACGUGCUGGUACAUUCAGAAAUACGUCAAGGAGAACCCGCUGCCGCAGUACCUGGAACACUUGCAGCCUUAAGGCAGGACAGCUCUGACACCAGCACGCCUGUCCCUGACUGUUCAACGCGGCCUUUGCUUCUCUGCGGUCUCAGGAAACCCCCCUCCCACACUCACAAUUCCCACUUUUUUAAGUACGUCCAUGUGAUGCAUGAGUGUGGGCGCGACCUCCUCCUCUCUGCCCACGUGUGAGCAUGGCUACAGCCCCGGGGCCAGGCUGGCUCCAGGCACACGUGGUGCCCCCCGGUGCUCUUCUUCCCAAGCCAGGGGGUGGAAGAGGAUGAUUUUUCCACCAAACUCCAUCACAAGACCAGGGGAUGACUCAAUCUGCGCCUCAUCCUCUCCCCUCCGCUUGGCGACAGCAGUGAACUGGCUGGGGAUGUUGGUUAGGGGUGGUCACAGGGUACCAGCCCCCCUUUCCUCCCGGCAGCUGGGGAAGAUGCUGUGGAUUAAACCUUGUGGGACAGAGGGAGGUGCUGGGCGAGCCCCAGCCCCACGGCAGGUUCAUCCCCUGCGGCAUCUGCUGGGCACCGAGCCUUGCCCAAGCCCACGUGGGGCGCAGGUGAGAACGUGUGGGCCAUGGUGGUGCCUCAGGGGCUUUGCUGCAGUGACUGUGGAGAUGCUGGGAUGGUGACACCUUUGAGCCUAGAGACAGGAGCCAUGUGAGGAGCGGGCUUCCGCCACAGGGGCUGCAGCAGAGCAUAUGCUGUGUGAGUGCGCAGAGGAAGAAAGGCGGCUGAGUCGCAGACGCUGCUCCCUGAAGAUGCCAGCUCCUGCCCAGCUGUCUGUACGUAGCCCCAGCAUGGCAUCCCUGCAGGGUCGCGGACCGUUGUUCCUGUCUCUGCUCCCUGCUAUCGGUGUUGUCCGUGCUGGCGUGGACACAGCCUGCUCAGGAGAAGAGCACAAGCCCCGACGGCCAGCCCUGGCCUAAGCAAUGAGGGGACAUCCCACGCUUUUGCAGGCACCAGGGUGGUUUCCUGCAGCUGCAGAGGAAGGCUCCCCCCCAACUCCCUCGACUCCAGCUCUGCACCCCUGUCUGUGCCCCAGAUCCUAAGGCCUGAGCCGUCAUUGCAUCCUGAGAGCAUCAGGGGUAAGGCCUCCGGGACCUGGUCCUGGCCCGUCUCCAGGGCUCGAUGCUAGAGCUGCCUGCCUCCGCGUGGAUGCUGAUCACUUCUCCUUACGGCCUUUGGAAAGAAGCCCCAGCUCAGGGCGUUACCCGUCUGCUCACUGGUCUCCUCGCAGCUCCAAGCCCUGGGCGCUAGCAGCAUCGUGGGGUCCUCGGCCAGCAGCAGGGAGGAACACCCUCGCGUUGCGCUGUUACCUCUGCGGAUGAUGACCCCGUAGCACAGCUCAGCGUUGCCACAGUCGGAUGUAGAGGUAACACCGUGACGGCAGGGCAGUGUCUGGCUCCAACUUUCUGCCUGUCCUGCCUUGCCCAGGCUUUCCAGGGCCUGAGCUAGACCCCAGAGCGUCUCCCCGUGAGCUCUCGGGAUUUUGCAGGGCUGCGGUGGGGAAGACGGUGCUGCUGGCACGCCAGCCCUGAGCAGCCGCUGGGGGCUGCAGCCGGGCAGAAUGAGCUAAAGAGCCUUUCACCUGGAGGCUAAAUCCAGACCUAGCUUAUCUCUCAGCAGGGACUAAAGUUUACAAUCUGUGCCACGGACCGAAUGAAGCCCCGGCCAAGAGGCAGCUCAGCCCUCUCCCAGAGCCCAGUGCAAAGUCCACGGUGGCAAAGGCAAAAGUUCCUACAAUCUUCUCUCCUGGUUGGGUUGGUCAGAGAUGGAGACCCUGUGCCUGAUCUCAGCCAGGGAGGCCCUCCGCUGUUCCUCCCAGCCACAGGCUCGAGGCGAAGCCCUGCCACCUGCCUGCGCUCGCGGGCUGCCCACCGCUGACAUAACGCAGCCCUCUGCCCGCAGGCUCGAGUAAAAUCUCCCAAACUCCAUCCCUGCCCUGCCACACCGCAGGCUGAGAGACCCCCGCCCGUGUCCACCACCUGCCUGGGGAGGGACCUGUGCCCGGCGGCAGACCCAUCUCUGGCUUGUGCUGCUCAGGAAAGGCAUCAGGCUCAGCCCUGCCGCUGCCUCGUGCUUCUGCCCUCUUGUUGCCUAUUUCAGCCUGGCUGCGACCUUCAGGAUGGUUUAGAGGGACUGGGAAAGGGUCACAGGUAACAAGCUAAAGAAAAGGGGCUGAAGAAGAAAUCUGGGCUGCUAAAUGUUCACUCUUUAACAUGCAAAACACACUUCAACGUCUAGUUACAGGAGCAAGGCUGUCUCUGUUACAGCCAAGUGAUGACAGAACCGUCCCUGCUCUUGAUCCCAAGGUGAAGCUGAACCGUCUCCUCUCCUGCAAGCCAAGAUAAGACACCGUCGUAUCUUUGUCACAGCGGGGCUGGGUGCUUGGAAGAGAUGUGUGCCUGGUUGCCUCGUGGGAGCAAUAGCAUGAGCCCAGCGCUGCAAGCCUCUGCCCUGGUUUUGUGCUCAUUUCCACUGUGUGACAGUUCCCAGAAGUACCCCGUCGUGUCUGCCGCAUGAGAGCGGCUCGCUGGAGGGUGUGCUGUGGUCGCUGCACCGGCAGGGUCCCAGCAUCCAAGCCCAACCCUGGAGCCCUUCGUGCUGCUCUGGCAGGUACCUCGUGCUUCCUGGCGCUGGAUCACAAGUGGCGAUCACUGCCUUAAAUCAGGCACCGCACACAGUUUUGCUGCUGCUUCCCUUCGAGGUGCUACAAUCCCUCCGGUGUCUGACCUGACGGAGAUGCGUGCCAGUGUCCGUGCCAACCGUUUCACUGCUGUACCCAUCCUCUGCCCCGGCCUUCCCUUCCCCGUGGUUUUUGAUGUCGGCAAAUAGCAAUACCCACAGGUCACCAGCGGUGCCGCAGUCCACGGUGCUCCUGAGAUCUGGCGCUGCCAGGUGGGAGAUGGCUCGGGGUCCCUCGGUGCUGGACAGCCCUCCCUCCUGCCUCUCUGCCAGCCGCCCUUUCCCAGCUCGUCUCUGCAGGAAGGAGCUUUGAGUCCUGCACUGCCCCUUGGUGCUGACUAAGCCUGGAGGAGCUGGGGAUCCUGGACUCUCUCUGGCAACGGGAGUGUGGAAGUGGGUUGGUUGAAUAUUGAGGUCCCCAAACCCAUUUGAACUACAGACCUGGGUGGGUGGGGAAAUGCAGAGUGCCGUCAGACCUGCUUCCACAUCGCCCAACUUGAAACACCCCCAUCCUUCGUCAGCUUAACAGCAUUGUCUUCCUCUGUCCAAGGUUUCCAUUCUGUUGAAUUCGGUGGUUACGAUGUGCCUUUCCUUCUCAGGACCUGUUACAAACGACCUUUCUGCUUUUGUUUAUGUCUAACAUUUAUCUUUAUCCCUCCCUCUGUCAUACUAUAAAACAUGAACAUAUUGCAUGGAAUACAACACAAUAAAAAGUGUGGCUUAACUGA